UCGCACCUCCAAUUCAUUAAGAGAUUGCUGGACAGCUUCUCUUCAUCCCCACCUCUUCCCCUGUUUCUUUAAUCUCUCUCUCUCUCUCUCUCUGAAAUAAGAAUCAGAAACGCCUGUCACCACUUCUCAUUCUUCUCCAGACUGAUGUGAACAUUUGCUUACAUAACAAACACUUCACAUUACAUCACACCUCUCUCUCUCUCUCUCUCUCCCUCAAACUCUAUAGAAUAGCCUUUUAGCAGCCUUUUUAUACUAGAGAGAGGGAGCCGGAAGACAAAGUGUUACUUUGUUCUUGUGAGGAAACCCAGAAAAACAUCUCUUCUUGAGUCUGCAGAAAGAAGAAACUUCACUUGCUAAAAUGGUCCUUGAGCGCGGCUCUGGAUUCUAGCUACUUCAGUUUCUCAUUGGUUGAUUUGUAACUUUUGUAACUCUCUUUUUGGGUCUCCUCCCUCCCUCCCCCUUCAUAUAAUCCUACUUCCUGAAUUUCCACAGCAAUCAAUUUGUUUACCUCGUUCUUGGAAGUCCAUUGUCCCAUCUCUUGAUCCUGUGCAGAAUCAUAGGAUUUUGGCCACUUCUGUUGUCUUCGCUUUCAUCUUCAGUCGUUCUUCCAUUCUCAUUCCUGCAGAAAGAAAAUGCAUCCAUGCUGAAAUGCAUGCAUGAUUGUGUGAUUUGAAAGGCGAAAAUUCAAGUGCUCUCCUAGUUUACUGGGAGUUUCUCCUUCAGUUCCGAAAACACAUGCCUGCACGAAGUUUGUAGGUUUGGCAUUGUGAGCACGAAACAUGUCCACGAGACUCCUGUAUUCGUUGACAGAUGACAAGCCGGGAAUGCAGAAGCAAAUUGGGUGUAUGAAUGGGAUCUUUCAGCUCUUUGAUCGCCAGAGUUUUCUCCCCGGUAGACGCUUAAAUGGCCACAACCACAAGAGGCUUCUUGCAGGUCAAAAUGCCUCCGUUGAUGCAGAGCAAGAUGGAGUAUCACAGAAAUCUGUGGUGAAAAAUUCCAAAGCAACAAAGUUUGAGAGGCACAGAUUGUCAUCUGAUUCCUCAAGAAGCUCUGUCUCAUCUUCAUGUAAUUCAUCUAGUUUCUCCUCGCUCGAGGAGAAUAGACCAACCAAGUUAGAACCAUCUUUGUUCAGGCUAACCACAACCCAGAACAACCAGCCCCACGACUCGCCGCUCUACCAUUUAAAUGCCACUGAGCAUUUAAGUGGACAAUCCCCUGACCUCUCUGAUAUUGCCAAGAGCUCCAAUUUCAGAGAAUCCCAUGGGGUUUCAUUAAGGCCUCCAACCAAAGAUAAAGCAGCUGUCUUGACAUAUACGGACUCUCCUAGGCCACUAAAUCCGUCGAAAUCUGUUAAACCAAAGACUUCUCAUGUGUCUAAAUCGUUCGGAGUUCUUCCCAACCUUCACCGACCUCAGAUUUCGGCCGAGCAGAUGGAGAUCGACAGUUUUUGUUCUCUGUCUAAGAAGGACGCUCCUCGUUUCUCUUAUGACGGGCGGGAAUCGAGGGAUGCUUUGAAGUCCAACUUCAAGCUGAAAGAGCUACCCAGGCAUUCGUUGGAUAGCAAGAGAGGCUCUAUGUCACUUUCCUCUCAAAGUCAGUCUCGUUGUUUGCAAGGGAAUCAUCAAAGGGUGAAUCACAGUAUCGGUCAAACUGUGAAUUCACCCCGACCACAAGGGAGCCACGCGAGGCAAUCGAGCGUGGUAGCGAAGUUGAUGGGGCUGGAAGCCCUCCCAGAUUCAAUGUCGAACUCCAAGCUUCAGGUGGGGCAUAGCAGAACCAACUCAAUUGAAGCAUUUGAUCCUUUCUCCAUUUCAUCGAGAACAUUUGACCGAAACAAGCCUGCUCUACUGUCUGGCUCCCCAAGGAAGAGCCAAAGGUCAGCCAUCUCACAGCAGGAGGCCACCGCAGAUUCAGUGAUGCAGUUCAACCCAAGUUCAGAGUUUCCGAUUCAAGCAACAACAUGGAAGAGACCGGAAGGGAGCCAAAGUCCUGCAGUGCCAGUCCCGGAGUCUACUGCAUCACAUUCAAAAGCAUCAAAUGCAACCCUCUCAGUUUAUGGAGAAAUUGAGAAAAGGUUAGCACAGCUUGAGUUCUUGAAAUCGGGGAAGGAUCUGAGAGCUCUUAAACAGAUACUUGAAGCAAUUCAAAAAUCCAAAGAGACAUUGGAGAACAAGAAAGAUGUCCAGGCUUCAGAGUUUAUGCUCCAAACAAGCAGUUGCAGCUCAGGCAGCAGAUUAAGAGGAGCUCCCUGUGGAAACAUAAAAUCUGAAGCCCCAGAUUCUCCCAAAAUAAAAAAAAUCAGUUCCCCAAAGAAUUUGCAAUCCCCGAUUGUAGAAAAACUGAAAGUCCCUGGAUCCCCUGUCAAUUCCACAUCAGGUCUUGCCAAUCUCUGGAAUUCUCCUAGCAGCAGGAGAAAAUCAGUUGAGCAGCAACAAAACGAGGAUCUUACUCCAAGAAAGGUUUCCAGCAGGCAACCCCAUUUCCUGGACAGAAGAAUUGGUUCUAGGAACACAUUGAUGCGAGUAGAUGGGGACCACCAACAUGUUUCGGAAAAAAACAGUUCAUGCGGGAAUUCAGGAACUUCAAGCCCACGGCUUACGCUGAAGGAAUCGAGGGCAACCGAUGCUCAGAGGAAAAGUAACCCAGGGAAGCAAACAAAAGAACCGCGCUCUCCAGGGAGAACGCCCAAAUCCAAAACUAACCAUGUGCCACUUAGUUCUGACCGAGUGAAGGAGAACAGCAGCCAUACAAUAGAUCUCAGUGACGAAAACAACACCAUUUCUCUGCAAUCUGCGGCUAGUAUGGACUCUCAGGAUGACACAGAAGUUUCCAGUGUAUAUAGCUUUGCUGAAAUCCGCGGCACAUUCCCACCUGAUGACCAAACCAGAAAAAAAACAGUCCCCUCAAGAGAACAGGAAUUAAGCAGGAAACCUGGAAUACCUACAACAGAACAACCAAGUCCAGUCUCCGUCCUUGAUGCAUCAUACUUUGAAGACGAAACACCAUCACCAGUGAAAAUGACCUCAGGAGCCUUUAAAGAUGAUGAUGUUUCUGGAGAGUUAAAGUGGAGUUUCCAAGAGCUAAAUAAUUUCUCUGACAGCAAAAGAAGCGACUUUGGCUCAGCUAUCAACCAGAAUAGCCUAGUCAAUCUUCCACUGGUUCAGAAUGAAGUACAAGUAAUCUCCACUAACCAAGGAUCUGGCACAGCAUUCCCAAGUGAGAGCACAAGCUCGGAUCAUGCAUACAUUUCGGAGAUAUUGUCAGCAUCUGGUCUGCUAAGUGAUCUCGAUUCUGGAUUAAUGACCAUCCGACACUACUCGUCAGGGCACCUGAUUUCGGGAAACUUGUUCCACACACUAGAACAAACCAAGGCAAGCAACGACAUCUCAAGUGGAGAUCAGGCCAGGGAACGCACUGUUCAGUCAAAACGAGGCGAAAAAAUGCGAAGGAAACUGAUAUUCGAUGUUGUGAGCGAGAUCUUAGUGCACAGAGUGGCAUCGGAUCAUUCCAGGAACUGGUUCUCAUCAGAUAAGCUGGCGGGGAGAAAGGCGGCACAACAGCGGCUCUUGAAAGGGUUGUGCUCCGAGAUAGAUCAGCUCCAAACUGACCGCCCACAUUGCAGGUUCGACGAUGAGGACGAUGAUACAAGGACUAUCUUAUCAAAAGAUUUGACCCAUCAAGGGCUGAACUGGACAGGUUCUAAUGACAUUUCAGGACUGGUCUUGGACAUUGAGAGAUUGAUCUUUAAGGACUUGAUUAGUGAAGUAGUGAGCAAUUUGGCAGCCGGUCCGCAAGCCCAACCGACAGGCCGCCACCGUAGGCAGCUCAUUUUCAAGUAGCAGUUGUUAGUGCAUUUUCCUGAUUCGUCUUCGAAGUUUAUGUUUCUGUAAAUCUCUUCUUUCCCUGGCUGAAGACAAACGGAUCAAACCCUUUCUUUAACAUAAGAAUAAUACGAUUCCGACAGUGUGAUUGUGCUCUUUCUAGCCAGUGAAUGAAUAACUGAUGCAAGCUUCUACCUAAAUUUGAAUA